AUGGUGAAGGCACCUGAGUGCGGGGUGGCGGGCUGGCGGGGUGGGGGCGACUGGUUCCACGCACGCGGCACCCAAUUACUCAAGUCAACUUUAGGAAGUGGAAUGGAUUACACCAGCCGGAGCUGCCGGAGACAAGGCCGCGCGGUAAUUGCAAGGAGACUCGCCUGCGCCUACGCCGCGCCGGCUUCGCCGCUAGAGGGCGUGAUUGGUACGCUCGGCUCGGCUGGUAUGCUCGCGCCGUAUCUGCAUGGGUAUAUACAAUCAAACAUGUCUUUCUCGAACGGUAAGGACAUGGUCGAGGCUAAU